UUCAGAGUUUAUUAAUGAAGAUCAAUUACCAUGCUUUGGUCCACAUGCUCUGAAGAAGAUUCUGCUGUCAGGGUCUUGGUUUUCAGCUAAAUACACCUGGGCCUAACAGCUGCCAUGGAAACAAGCUGCACAGAGGAGGCAGGCAGAACCAGCACUCCAUCUGUGGUCUGUAGGCACCUUGAGGGAGGUGACCCCCUGCAGCAGGAGGAGAAUGGAGCAGCUGACUGUCUGUCUGAGCGGAGCGAUGCUUCUGCUGCAGCUCAGGAACAACAGCAGCAGCAAGUGCCCCCUGGCAAGCUGAAAAAGACUGCUUUCAAGCUGUUUGGGGGGAAGAGGAGCAUAUGCACCCUACCAAGCUUCUUUGGAGGAAAAACCAAAGGCCAAGGGAAGGGAGCUUCCAAAAAGGGUCUCAGUAAGAGUAAGACGCAUGACGGGAUCAGCGAUGUUGCAUGCGAAGAUGGCAGAGGGGGGCAUUUGGAGGGUCCCUUGAGUGGGGGCACAAACUCACACCCGUGCCAGCUGCCGAGCUCUCAAAGUGCUCACACAGCAAUAGAUGCCAGCUUCAGGUUUGAUUUCAGCAGGCGGGAGAGCUCUCCACCAGGGAGCACAGAAGGUUUUGAGAAGAAGUCCAACGGGGACAAAUCAUUGUCUUUGCCUAGGCCCAAGAAAGGACUGAAGGGGCUUUUUAACAGUAUCCGGCGACACAGAAAGAACAAAACUGCUGAGCCUGAAAAGGCGGGGCCACAUGAGUGGGUUGGAGAGGUUAGAGAUGGAGAGCAAACUAGCAAAACACAAGGAACAGGGGCUGAACCCCAGCGAGCCUCUGAGGUGGAGAGUUCAAGGGGAGACCCUCUUUCUGCAGCAUGCACUGGAAACUUGGUUGGAAACUGCUGCCUGUCAUCCAGCCUUAGAGAAGCCACUGAGUCAGAGUGGCUGGUAGCUGAGAAAUGUAGCUUGGAAGGCAGUGGAGCAGUAGCGCCUGUGAGCAAAGACUGUGUUCUAGAUAUGAAAUCUGAGGUAGAGGCUAUUGUUUGUGCAGAGCCAGGCUGCAGCCUUCCUGAUGUCCUCCAUUCAGAUUACAUAGAAAAUGAUCCCCCAUCUGAACACUCAGGAGAUCAGCUCAGCUUGAUGUUUGGGGAUGUCACUUCCCUUAAAAGUUUCGAUUCGCUCACUGGGUGUGGAGACAUCAUUGCCGAGCCAGAUAUUGAGAGCAUUGCUGAGAGCACAAUCUCUGUGGAGCGCAGCAGAGAUGCUGCCAAGAGGAGUUCAUGUCUUGUCACGUACCAGGGAGGAGGGGAGGAGAUGGCCAUGCCUGAGGAGAUAGAGGAGUACCUCCAUCAGAUGUGGGAAGGAACCACUGAGGUGGACAGUAGCUAUGAAGCCAGUCUUCCUCAUCUCAUGAACAGUCAUGAGCCACAGGGAGUGAAUAGCAAGCUGGAAGCUCAUGGCUUGUGCAUGGAGGGAGCCCACCCAUACACUGGUGGGGUGGUAGAUGACGUAGAGCUCUUAACACCACAGAGUGACCAGCAAGAAUCUGCCCCUAAUAGCGAUGAGGGUUAUUAUGACUCUACCACACCUGGUCCAGAGGAUGAAGCUGGGGAUGGGCUUGGUGAAGGCAAGAAGGACCGUCUCCCAAGAGACAGUUAUAGUGGUGAUGCACUUUAUGAGUUUUAUGAGCCUGAUGACACCUUGAUGAGCCCCUCCCAGGGGGAUGAAUCCUUAUUCGAGGGCAAAGCAUCUCAUCCAGACAUCUUCAGCUGCUUCUUGGACUUCACUCUCCCUGCUGAGAAGAACCUGAUGCAACUGGCAGGGCAGAAAAACAGAGUGAUGGAAACUGAGGAAGAGAGGCUGGCUGCCAUUCAGAAACAGCUGUUGUAUUGGGAGUUGCAGAGGGAACCGGUCUUGAAACGGCUGGAUGUUCCAAGCAAAGAUAAAUGUGCCAGGGAAAAGCAAUAUAUUGAAUGUAAAACUAGAGCAGCCAACUUAAUUGGCAAAAAUCAGAGUUGCCUUGGAAGUGAACAAGUUGGUCCUCAAGCCUCAAACAGAAGUGUAAACAGUGGGAUUUCUCUGUCCAGACUUGAAAAUUCAGAGUGGAGGGAUUUUCAAGGGACACUAUAUCCAGAGAAGUAUUGCAAUGGCCAAAAAGCACAAGGAAGUUGCCUUAUUGAGCUCAUGAAAAACAAUUCUGUGUUUGAUUCUGAUCUGGAUCAUACAGUGUUUGCAGGACUUGUCCACAGUGGAUUAGCCCCAGCCAAAACGGUGACCUACCCCAGCUACAGAACACAUGACCAUGAUGGCUGCUUGCAAAAUGAGAACCACAGUGGUGUGGAAAAUAGCCCCAGAGAGCCCCAGACAGAAAGUGAAUGUGAACCUGAGCAUGCUGUUAACUUUUCUCAAGCUCUGGUGGAGUUCACCAGCAGCGGGACUCUGUUUUCUAGCCUUUCUGAAAGCCUUGGUAGCUCUGACUCUGGUUCUUCCUUCACUCAGAACCUUCCUGUCCUUCCAACCAUGGUCACUUUUGAUAUUGUCGAUGUGGAGCAGGAAGGUGAGGGGGAAUGUGAGCAGCACCUGGAGAUGAACACAGAUGAGGACAUUGCUGCAUCCUUUGAGGCCUUUGAUGACAGCUAUGUGCAGAAGGAGUCCUUUGCUGAAUGUGAUGAGAGAAUGUUCCCAGGGUAUCCCCACAGCUCUUUCCAGAGCUGCAACUGGGGAGUAGCCAGCCUUCCCCGUCACCUGCGCCUUCAUGGAUUGAGCCCUUCCAUGCCAGCACCUCUCUCCGUCAACAGAAGGAGCAGGUCACUUGACACUGAGAGCUUGGAGUUUGAAUUUGCAGACUUGCAACUCUCCAAAAAUGGCCUUAAGCCUUGUCAGCUUCUGAACAGAAGCAAGGAGAGCACUCCUCCCUCUCCUUCAGAUGGAAGAGAAGCUGAUGGUGUUCUGGCGUGGCCAGCUUUGCAGUGUGUGCAGUACAAUGCUGAGCGUUCCUCUGGAGGGGUGACAGAAUGGGGCUGUGCUCCAGCUGUCGUAGAAAGCAACUGGGAUACAUCUGAGCAGUUGGAAGUGGAUUCUCCAUUUGUGUCCCUUGCACGGAGCAAUGCCUUGGAGACUCUGGACAGGAGGCCCCAGGAUAUGGAACCCAAUAACCCAAUGCUUCAGUCCCCCAGACACAUGGUCAGGCCAUCCAGUUUACCUCUGCAGAUUGAUACGAGACAGUCCCAAGUCGUGUCUAGCUCCUAUAGGUACCAUGGGGAAAACAUGGCCAAAAAGCUUGCUCUUGUGUUACCUUUGGGAGAAAAAGGGACUGACUUACCUCAGAGCUUCAGUUUCACUCAGUCCCCUGAGAAACCAGCAAAGUGCAAACCUGUUGGUGUUACUCAAGGAAUACCCCAGCUUCACGAUGACAACGCUGAGACCUUAAAACUCCCAGCCUGCUUUGCUGAGCAUUAUGGAAGCCCUAGUGCCGACCUGCUGAAAGGGAGAGCUUCGCAUGGGAACCCGCUGCCCAUUAGCUGUAAAAGCACUACAGUGAAUGUAACGGUAGCCAAAUAGCCAACAACACAGGGGUGAGGGGGGUAGGGUUUAGGGUUCACUUUUCAGGGAGGGAGAAGGCAAACUUCCAGGAGUGAUUUUUAAUUUCGAAUUGGGCCAACAAAGAUGAACUCUUUUCUCUUGCGGCUGAAGUAGGGUGCAGCAAAGUGACAGUGCUGCUAGCACUCUGCACGGCUUUGGGUGCUUUAUGUGUGUUUUGUACAAGCAAGCUCCUAGAUUCCUAGACUACCACUGAGACGCCCUGGUUCAGCAUGUACCACUGUUCGGUUGAAUAUAAUACACAAUGCAGAAUGCAUACUAGUCUCAGUACAUAACACUGUCACUGCUGGAAUAAAAAUCUGGAAGCAGACAAAUCUUUAGUACAUCAGGCUAGUUUUUGGCAGCUUUUAAUUAAAGGGACACCAUCAGCUUCUAAAAAUCAAAGCUUUUUUUCCCCUGAAUUUUCUUUAAAAUAUGAAGCUGUUUUAACAGAAAAGUAAGAAAGAUGAGUAAUAAAUAAUAUUUUCUUCAUUUAUUUGCUUUGUGCAUUGGACAGCACUUGAUAUUCUCUCAGUUUUAUCCACUGUGGAGUCAUUUCUCUCUGUUUAUGUGACUCAUGCAGAGAUAAGGAUGAGAGAGGAAAAAUAGGUAGACGGUGGUGGUAAAAUCACAGAUCAUCCUGGGACUUACUUCAGAGACCUGGAAUGACUUAAUUGGCGAUAGUCAAGAAAAGGGAAAUAAAUUCUCUGAAAAUGUCCAUUAAAAGAAAAGGGUUGGGGGGAAUUGGAAUUCUUUUGGCAAGUUUUGAUUUCCUUUCCUGCUCCUUUCCAGUGGAGAAAGGAAAGUUCGGGAGGCGAAGGGAAUUUCAGCCGAAAUGAGAAUGUUCCUGUAAAUGUUUUCAUUUUGGUUUAAAAAAAAUCCUCCACCCCUUCACUCCAGUUCCCCCUGCUAUGAGGAGCUUUGAUUUUUCAGCCAGCUCUACUUUUUUAUUGACUAGAUUUCAUGUUGAUGAUGUCCCUUUAAGAACAAAAUGUUCACCCAUUUAUUCCUUUUGAAGUGAUCACACUUCAUAGAGUAGAACCUUCCCUGUGUGCAUUCCCUGCCCCAACCUCCUCUCCCCCACCUUAACGUGAAUAUUUGUUUUUUAAAUAAGCUAAAUUGACUCAUGCCUGUAGCUGUUUAGUUGCAGAUGCUGUUACUUUUCUUCAAAAGGAAGUUUUGUGUUAGGGAUUUUUAUUUUCUUGCAUAAAUGCAUACAAGGAGAGUAUUCUGUUAAUUGGAAUACGAGGUGUAACACAGCCUAAAUUAGGCUUCAGAAUUUCUCUUCCUCACACCUGGAGGAAAUGAAAAAGCUGGAUAUACUGCCACUCUUCUUCAUCUGUUGUUUUUCUAGGUUUUUUGCUCCUACACCUUGCAGGAAAGGUUGAGGAAUGAAAGCAAGCUGUGGAGAGAUGCACUUUGCUCUGAGGAGGUCUUUGGUUGCAUGGAUGAGAGAGCUCUCUGAGGCACCUGCUUCAGGCUCUUGGAGCACAGACUCCAAGGAGUCUUCCGUGUCCUUGUCAGUCUUGAAUUACAUGAUUUUGGUUUCUUAAAAUAGAUUUCUCUUCUUCCUAACAGACUUGCUAAGUGUCCCUAUGCUUCUAUCAGUGUUACAUGCUUUGACUUAAUUUGGUUAAUGGUGAACUGCAGAGCAUUUAAAAAUGCCCUUUUCUGCUUCUGUCAUGCAAAAAUACUUUCUUUAAUGGCUUAAAAAUAACUGCAGUUUUUUAAAUUGGGUCUUCCUUUGCCUGGAGGCUUUUGCAAAAUCUUUUGGAGGAUUUGAAUAGUGAAGUUACACAGCUGUCACUUCUCUUGUGAACCAACUUCAUCUGAUACCCAUUUUCAAGCCCUGUAUAGAUGCUGGUCAGAAUGGAUAACCUGGCUACAGUUCUUCUGGCCCAUAACCUAAUUACAACCAGGGUUCUGAAUUGCAGUGUAGACUGGGUCUUAAUGUUUCUUCCUACCUGGGCUAUAAGUCAGUCCCAUACUGAUUUAGAGUUGUACUCUUCACUGGCUUAGCAAACAGCUGAGAACAUCUCUGCAAUCAUUGCAUUGGUACUAGUAGUUAGGCAUGAAAUACAGACUCCCUGGUGAAAGAGGCACGUGAGGGUCUAAUAUGUCAUAUGGAAAAGACACCUUCAUGGGGCUGCUGCUGUGCAUAUGUGAAGGAGCACUGAAGGACAGAACAAUAGCCAUGCUCUUUGUUUGGCUCUUCACUACAAAAAAAACAAACCAAAACAGCUAAGAACAGAGAACACCUAGUUCUGUAUUUAUACGCUGUAUUAUAUCUUAAUUCUUCAGUGUUACCGUGUUGGUUGCACUGCUGAGUGUUACCCUCUAGGACCCAUUGUGUCCCAUUCUUCAGUGCACACUGCACAACUAUACAACCCCACUGUAAUAAACAAGAUUGCAUGGGACAAAUUCAACCCUGAGACUAUGGGCAGACAAAUUAUUACUGCCAGGUUAAAAGGUGCAGGAAUUUACUGUAUGAAGGCCAACUCUCUGUUUAGCUUUCUUCUUUGGCUUUCUACAGGACAAGAGUAUUCACACUGGUACAGCAAAGCCUCUUCUCUUUUAUAUCUUGCAGUAAUUAAUUCAUUUGCUGAUGUCCUUAAACUGGCCAUCUGUAACUGAGAGCUUAUUCAUUACUGCACUAAAUCAGUGUCCUUGGUGCUUUACAAUCUGACAGUCUUACGUGAAAAGGCAAAGAAUUAGCAAAGGGAGCGACCUUGGCUUCAGGCUCAUUCCUUUUCUGAACUGGGAAUAAAAUCCUAUUGAAGGCAGCCUUUAAGUUGUCCUAAAUCAGGGCCUAGAAUAUCAAUCACCAGAAUCUCAAGUAGAAAUGGCACUAACUCCAACAGUUAAAUUUGGGGCACAUUCCAAACCAGAUCCUAACUUCAUAGAUCUGAUCCACUUCUUCACCUGCUGUAGGUCACAAAUAAAUUUCUGCUGACAAGAGCAAAGAGAAUACAGGCAAGCAUUCCCAAUAGUCACCUUUUUGUCUUGGUUAAAGCAACAGCCUCUUACUGAAUUCUUUUUUUGAGCAUGUCACCAAAGGCAUCUUGUGGGGAUGGGGUUUUGUUUUGUGUUUUUGUUUAUCAAUGAUGUGGCCUUUGCCAAAGUUUGGGUGAAACAUUAGUGUCUCAGUGCUAAAAAGAAUGUUCAGUUACAGAUGCAUGGCUCUAAUAAGCAUUUUGGUUGUAGGUAUGUAAUGGAAAGACUUAAUGCAAGCGGUUUCAAUACACUAAUGUGUGAAAGCAAUACAGUUAGGACUUGAUAAUCUGACUUCAUACCAAAGGUUUUCUUCUUACUGUGAUUUAGACUCUUUAACAGAGAAAAUACGUGACAUUGACAAAAGUUACGCAUUUCUGAAAUAUGCAAGUGUUAAUUAAUUUGGAGGAUUAUUGAAAUAUUCUGCUCCAUGAGCUCAAAGAUAAAAGAAAAGUACGUUUUGUUUAAUUCAAAUUGGGAAGAAAGUGUUACACAAUGAGAUCUCCUAAUGCUACUAAAAUGUUUGUCCAUCAAGGGAUAAAUAAGACCAGGUCUUCCAUAAUGAUGAUACACUUUUUGAUGUUUCUACUAAAAUCGUAAAAAGGGUCAUAGAUUUUAUCUGAAGGUAAAAAAGCUUGUGGUGGGUUGAAGUGACAAGCAGCAAUUUCUUAAGUGCUUGUUCAUAAAGCAGAUGGCAUUUCUGAAAGUUUCAAAUUCUGAUGUAUUUCCUUAAUAACCCUUUAAGUUCUGUUGUAAAAGUGAGAGGAAUUAAAUCAAUUAUGGAAUCUCAAGAUGACCUAUUUCAUUGUGGGCGUGGGAGCCUGCUACACGUUUUCAGAGUAUGCUUCUGCUCCUGACUUCAUUCAGUGUCAGAGCAGACUAUGGGUAUGAGCUGGUGGGUCUUGCCAUUUUCCUGAGGGAGACCACUCUAACUGCAGAGUUGAAGCAGUUGGUGGUCCUAUUACAAAUCUGUCUUUCCCCAUCCCCCAUUUUUCAAAGGUUUAAAACCAAUUUACCCUUUUCCUUUCUUCCUCCUUCCCACUUCCAUGAGAAAAGAGAUCUUGGCAUGAUGAGGUAGACUGAGAAUCAUCUCUUACUCUUAAUUAAUUGGUAGUAUAAUUGAUCACUUACCAGCCAUAGUAGCCUCUCUUUAAAAGUAAGACUUAAACACUUAAGGAUUUUUUAAUCCAGUUAAUAUUGGCCAAAUGCAUGUCAAAUUGGAGGGAUGGACCCUGCGGAUGCAUCUGCUUUUCUAUGCAUAGGGUCUGCACCUUCCCCAAAAGCUCUU